AUGCACAAGCAAUCAGAUGCGUUGUUUCAGCAAAUGGACAAAGACAACAGCAGUGGUGCUUCUAGAGAGGAAAUCGCUCAAUUUGUCUCCUCCAAUGCACAGUUGUGGGCCAAGCUGAGCGUCAAACUAAACCAACCAGCACAAGUUGUCAUUCAGGUUGCUACAAGAGUGGCUAUGGAAUUGGCCAGUGGAAAGGAGGGGCAAGCUGCCCUGGAUGCUGAGCUCUCCCCAGAGCAGUUCCAUCAAUUCAGGAAGAAGUAUGUACUGGACUCAUCAGGAUCAGAGGAGUUCUUUCACCGUGCGGUCUUCGCAAACUAUGAUAAGGACAACAGUGGCGAGCUGGAUGCAGAAGAGUUGGAACAGUUUCUUGAUACAAUCUAUGAAUCAAGAAGUGUUGUAAAGGGAGUGAUCACACUUCCUCCCAAGGAGAAAAUGAGAGAUGCAAUCAUGAAGCAGUGUGACACCGAUGGUGGUGGGGGCUUUCAUACAAGGAAAUCAGUGGCAUCCUAA